AAUCUGUAAUAUGUUUGAAUGGGCAGCUGGAGAAGAACUUUGGGUUGGACAACGUGAGGUCCUUCGUUACCAAUUCGAUGGGUGGUCUGAGGGGCGGAAGCAACCUUGCUUCUGGGUGGUCGUCGGAACCCUAGCCUACUACCUCUGGUUCAAGCCCUCACAAGACCUCAAGCGCCAACAACAGAGUCUAAUGUCUGAAAUCUAACUUCACGGGUGAGAUGCACGUAAAGCUGUUUAUCUUCAGCAUGGAAUCUUUGAUUCUCAAUGGGUUGCUUGGAUGCCAGAAUGAUGUUAUGACAAUAGUGGUAGUCUAAUAAGUUAAACUUUUUUGGUUCAGUUGGGUAUCUAGCAGUUUGUCGGCUCUCCCACCUUUGCAGCCUAUGAUCAAGGCUUGGCUUUGAUGUAUUUCUGGGAGGUUUUUAGGGAACAUGUCAACAAGAAUAUCUCCUCUCAUACUGAAAUUCCAGAUCAUUCUUUUCAAGGGGUUCUGCCUGAUGUUCAAGAUGAAUAUACAGAGACACUUGUUAAAGUGAUGGAUGAAUGCAGUCAAAUGGAUUUCAAACCAAAGCCAACAUUGUUGCAGUCCAAUCCAUUAGACGAGACAGAAAAGAUACAAAACGUGUGGAGAGAUCUCCGUGAUCGCCGAGUGGAUUUAAGACAGCAUUCUAUCUCAGAAGAGCUUGGUGCUUUUCAUGUUGUUAAACUUGCUAGUGGACUGUGCAAUCUAAUUUCCGAUGCUGACUUGUUUCCUAAAUGGGAUAGAAUGGAACCUUCAAUGUUCCUUUCUAACGAACAAAUGAUGUCCACUGUGGCUGAGCAUGGGUUUUGCUUUUACGCUAAGCUUAUAGCAGAUGAAGGAUCAAAGUUGGGUUGUGCAAAUUUUGCUGAUAUUACUUCUGAGAUGUUGGCUUCCUCCACUGAUAUUAUGGCAUUGGGGAAAUUAUCCCGACAGGAUCUCUCGAAAUUUAUAAUUUCUGAGAUGUUGGUUUCUUCCCAACAUACAACAUAGGAGGCAAUUUAUAACUUGACAUAUUUAUUCCAAGUAAAUCUAGAACUAAUUAGAAAAGGACUUCUUGGUGAUCCAUAUAUAUCACUUUAAUUAUAAAUGCACAAAAGUUAAAAACA